CGAGCUGGGUGGAGGAGAAACGGGUGUCGGUAGCGGGCUCGUGUCAAACGAGGCGCGCGACCAUUCCGUUCGCCACCGUGGGUUUCCAGAAUAAAUCCGUUAAUGGUGUAAUUAUUGGCGGGUUCGUGGUUGGCUGGAUCUUGUUGACCCCUGUCACAAGUAGGGAUUACAAUCUUCAAUUCUUAGCACAGAUUUAUGGAUCAUCUCAAGUGGGUAUGUGGGCGUAAUCGCUGGCCUGUCAAGACUGCCAGCUAGCUACUUCACUGCAUAUUCACUCCGAACAAAAGCUACUGGGACUCCCGCAUGAGGCUUCUGAAUGGCGCGCCGGGUGGCUCGAAUACCUACAGCGCGAAGCCGUCAGGAAUCGCCUGCCGCUCAGGUGACGGGAGUCCGAAAGUGACGUCACUUCCGUUCGAACGCUGGCACUUCAGUAGAGGUGAAUUGCAUGAGAUUAGAGAAUUCCGACAUAAAACGAACGCGCGUUUUGUGCGGUUGUCUGGUAGGGCAGGCUGCCUAGUUUUGUUUUGUUUUGUUUUGUUUUGUUUUUUUCUGUCUGUCCACCGGAUACAGCCGAAGUAACGUAACCGGGAGCAGAAUUCAAAACUCUUUUUUUUUUUUUUUUGCCUACACCGAGGAAUCUUCGGUGUUUUGUAAACGAAGGUGAGGGAACGCUUCGUUCAGUUUUGGUCUACUGUUUUGUUUCCCCCCACCCAGAGAACCUUCGGUAAACGCUGCUCGGGACACCGACGCGUGUAUAAAUCUUGUUCGCACCAGCCGAGAAGUUUAAAGCAGGGUGAGCGCUAUGCGCUGUGUCGGCGGGAUACCAUGAGAGAGAUGGGUCUGUGUUUCGGCUCCCAGCUCACGGAGGAGGACAAGGCGGCGAAGAUUCACAGCGCCAGCAUAGACCGAGACCUGUAUGAAUAUGCGAAGCGAGAUAUGAACGUGGUGAAGAUUCUUAUGCUUGGGGCUGCUGAAAGUGGGAAGAGCACUCUUGUUAAACAGAUGAAGAUUAUUCAUAGCAAUGGAUUCACCAAGCAAGAGCUGGCCACCUUUAAGCCAGCUGUGCUGGACAAUCUGCUGACGUCCAUGAAGUUUGUGCUGUAUGGGAUGGGCAUGCUGAGAAUCAACCUGGCCAACAGCAAGAACAAGGUCCACGCUCACACCGUGCUGUCCUGUGGGCGGUGUUUUGAUGAGGAGCAGGUGCUGUUUCCCUUCAUUAGCCACGCCCUGUCCUGCCUGUGGGCGGAUCAGGGGGUCCAGUCCGCGGCGACGCGCGGAUAUGAGUAUGAGCUCAACGACUCGGCGCUUUAUUUUUUUGAAAACAUGGCUCGGAUCGUUUCUCCGGACUAUGUGCCCACAGAGAUGGACGUGCUGAGGGUGAGAAUACGGACCACCGGUGUCAUCGAGACCCAGUUUAAGGUCAAACACCUGGUCUUCAGGCUGUAUGACGUUGGAGGCCAGAGGACGGAGAGGAGGAAGUGGAUCAGCUGCUUUGAGGAUGUGAGAGCUGUGCUCUUCGUGGUUGCUCUGAGCGGCUACGACAUGACGCUGGUGGAAGACCCUUCCAUGAACCGGCUGCAGGAGAGCCUCAAGCUCUUCUCUUCCAUCUGCAAUAACGUGUUCUUCAGGACCACCUCCAUGAUCUUAUUUAUGAACAAGAUCGAUCUUUUUCAAGAGAAGAUCCUCCAUUCCGGCCGCCACCUAAGACACUACCUGCCACUCUUCAAAGGUGCUGACUGUGAUGUGGAUGCUGCUGCCCGAUUCAUUGCCGCCAUGUUUGUGUCUCAGAACACCGCACCUGGGAAACUCAUCUUCCAUCACUUCACCACAGCGACUGACACCUCCAAUGUCCAGGUGGUCUUCCAGGUUGUCAUGGACACCAUCAUCAAGGAGAACCUGGAGGCCAUAUCUCUGCUCUGAGAUCCCUGUUGCACAUGACUGUGGUUCCAUUUGUUUCGUGCACUGUGUUACAGAAACUAAAACUCUAUGCAAAGUUCAGAACUGCACUAGGGAUAGGAGACAAUACCUUGGUCAUUACUGCACUCACACACACACUCACUGAUGAUUUUUGGGGAAUUUGUUGGUUAUUUAGUGAAAGCCCAGUCCAGGUCACAUACAGUUGCAUGAUGAGCUAUCCAAGGUGCUGAAACAGACUUUACCCUUAGCUGCUGUGGUUGGAUUCUGCUAGAAGUAACAUUUUAAGGAAACCUACAUUAAAAAAGCCCUGACCCAAGGUCCACCUGUAGCGUUUGCACUGCCCAUCCUCGAGCAUUCACUAUCACAUGUCACGGCCUGGUUAAGAGUCAUCCACCACCCAGAAACUCUAGACAUCAGUGACUGGUCAGAAACUCAGGUAAGGUAGCAUUGUUGAAGCUACUUUCAUAUCAGGGUCUGUUUGACAGAAAAGUUCUUCAGCUAUAAUUUGCAUUGUUCCAUGAACAGAGGGGGUACCUGAUCAGCCAGCCUCCCAAAGUACACCAAUCAGUGUCCAAGCAGGGAGGUGGAGAUGGAGAGAGAUGGAUGGGCCCUUCUUUAUAUUCAGAGUUACUGAAGACAUCUCACACUGCAAUUCAGUUUGUUGAUGCUGUUGUCAAAUUUUCCCAUUACUCAGUAAUGUGAGAGACAUUUGGUUUGAACGUUGAAGAGAUUUGAGGUGGUCAAAUACCUUGGCUUGAGUGUGUGUGUGUGUUUGUCCAUUCGUGCAUCCAAGAGUGUUUUCCUCAUAUCAGUAUUUGCCAAAGCGUUUUCCCGCGGGUCUGCAAACACCAGUUAAUGAUCAAUUUGCAUGUGUGUUUUCACGCCUCUGUCAAAUAGCUUUAAAAACGCCUAUCAUUACCCCCUGCGCACCAGCCACAUUUAUGGGAAUAUUUUAAUCUUUGUGUUUAUAGGCCGAGUUCCUCUCUGAAAUGCCCCUCUAGCCUGUUGUUUCAAUACAAGCCUAACCCGUCCUGCUGCAGUUAUGUAGUUCUUUUCACUUUGUAGUUUUUUCAUCCAAGUCUCUCC